AUGUUGACCACAGUGUUUCUGUCAGGGCUCCUGAUGCUGGGGGGUCUAGGAGGGGCAGCAGUAUCCGACUCACAGGUCAAUGGGAGAUCAAUCCACAAUGAUAAGACUUUUCUGGCCAGUGAUGCCGGUAGACAUACUGUGAGGAAGCAGCCACACCAACAGACAAAAAGUGAAAUUCGCAGGAGUUUGGAUCUUGAGAGCUUUAACAUACACGUGGCCCCCACCACCAGCAGAAUCAGUCUGCCGACUAUCAUCAAGCUGUACCCGCCCACUGUCAAACCACCCCACCUGCACGUCAACAUGCCCUUGCGUUUUGGAAGAGAGAGUAUACCUGACGACGACCAGACACCAAACUCAAACCCCAACAUGCCCCAGAGGUUUGGACGGUCCUGGGAGUUGAUUUGCAUGUGUUCCGAGUGCCCCGACAUCCAAGAAGUUCAGAACCCAGUGCUGCCUCACAGAUUUGGGAGAAAAAGUCCAUUCUGUAGCCUUCUUAGGAUUCUGGCCAACGCACAGUUAUUAAACACUGGCUUGCACUGGGCUGAAAAUGUUGACAUUACAACUGGCUCAGAAGACGGAGAGAUUCAAGAAAGAGGAUGAAACCGAAGUCUACUAUAGCAUGUAAAUAUCAGCAUGAGUCACAGAGUGUUUUUACAGUGAAAACAACAACAUGUUAGAGAAUAGAUAAGUUACUUGAAAUAUUUAAAUAAAGUUAC